GAGCGGUGCAUGGCCGCCAUGCAGGCCGGGACGCAGCUGCUGAAGCUCCGCGGCUCGUCCAAGGGGCUGCCCCGCUUCUACCUCCUGGACGAGCACCGCUCCUGCAUCCGCUGGCGGCCGUCCCGCAAGAGCGAGCGGGCCAAGAUCUCCAUCGACUCCAUCCAGGAGGUGAGCGAGGGGCGGCAGUCGGGGGUCUUCCAGCGUUACCCCGACAGCACCUUCGACCCCAACUGCUGCUUCAGCAUCUACCACGGUGCCCACCGCGAGUCUCUGGACCUGGUGGCGGCCAGCGGCGAGGAGGCGCGCACCUGGGUCACCGGCCUGCGCUUUCUCCUGGCGGGCAUCAGCGACGAGGACAGCCUCGCCCGCCGCCAGCGCACCCGCGACCAGUGGCUGAAGCAGACGUUCGACGAGGCCGACAAGAACGGGGACGGCAGCCUGAGCCUCGGCGAGGUCCUGCAGCUGCUGCACAAGCUCAACGUGAACCUGCCGCGGCAGAGGGUGAAGCAGAUGUUCAAGGAAGCCGACACAGAUGACCGCCAGGGGACGCUGGGCUUCGACGAGUUCUGCGCCUUCUACAAGAUGAUGUCCACGCGCCGGGACCUGUACCUGCUCCUGCUGACCUACGGCCACCACAAGGGCCACCUGGACGCGGCCGACCUGCAGCACUUCCUGGAGGUGGAGCAGAAGAUGACGGGUGUGACGCUCGAGAGCUGCCGGGACAUCGUCGAGCAGUUUGAGCCUUGCCCGUAAAACAGGAGCAGGGGGGUGCUGGGCAUCGACGGCUUCACCAACUACACACGGAGCCCGGCAGGCGACAUCUUCAACCCCGAGCACUGCCGCGUGCACCAGGACAUGACGCGCCCGCUAAGCCACUAUUUCGUGGCCUCUUCCCACAACACCUACCUUGUGGGCGACCAGCUCAUGUCCCAGUCCCGGGUGGACAUAUACGCCCGGGUGCUGCAGACCGGCUGCCGCUGCGUGGAGGUGGACUGCUGGGACGGGCCUGACGGGGAGCCUAUUGUGCACCACGGCUACACCCUGACCUCCAAGAUCCUCUUCAAAGACGUCAUCGAAACCAUCAACAAAUAUGCCUUCAUCAAGAACGAGGGCCAGUUUCAGGGGCCUCGUGGAGGGUGGACGCCCAGCGCUGAGGGCAUGACCGGCCGAGGCCCCGUGGGGCAGAGCACUGCUGAGGGGGACACCGACUCCGAGGAGGACACCGGGGCCAGCCGCCGGGCCGGCCGGCUCCUCGGGAGCAGCUUCUCCAAACGCAAGAAAAAAGGUGGCAAGUUAAAGAAGGCGGCCAGCGUGGAGGAGGGGGCCGAGGACCCAGGCCCCCAAGGAGGCCCGAGCCGAGGGGGGACGCGCCAGAAAAAGACCAUGAAGCUGUCUCGGGCCCUCUCGGACCUGGUGAAGUACACCAAGUCGGUGGGCACCCAUGACGUGGAGGCUGAGGCAACCACCAGCUGGCAGGUAUCGUCCUUCAGCGAGACGCGGGCCCAGCAGAUCCUGCAGCAGAAGGCGCCCCGGUACCUGCGCUUUAACCAGCGCCAGCUGUCCCGCAUCUACCCCUCCUCCUACCGCGUCGACUCCAGCAACUACAACCCGCAGCCCUUCUGGAACGCCGGCUGCCAGAUGGUCGCCCUGAACUACCAGUCGGAGGGGCGGGUGCUGCAGCUGAACCGCGCCAAGUUCAGCACCAACGGCAACUGCGGCUACGUGCUCAAGCCCCCGUGCUUGUGCCAGGGCAUCUUCAACCCCAACUCCGAGGACCCCCUGCCCGGGCAGCUCAAGAAGCAGCUGGUGAUCCGCAUCAUCAGUGGCCAGCAGCUCCCCAAGCCGCGGGACUCGGUGCUGGGGGACCGGGGUGAGAUCAUCGACCCCUUCGUGGAGGUGGAGGUCAUCGGGCUCCCCGUGGACUGCAACAGGGAGCAGACCCGGGUGGUGGACGACAACGGGUUCAACCCCAUGUGGGAGGAGACCCUGGUGUUCGUCGUGCACGUGCCCGAGAUGGCGCUGGUCCGCUUCCUGGUGUGGGACCACGACCCCAUCGGGCGGGACUUCAUCGGCCAGAGGACGCUGGCCUUCAGCAGCCUGAUGCCAGGCUACCGGCACGUGUACCUGGAGGGCAUGGAGGAGGCCUCCAUCUUCGUCCACGUGGCUGUCAGUGAUGUCAGUGGUAAGGCCAAGCAGGCCCUGGGCCUAAAAGGCCUGUUCCUCCGAGGCCCAAAGCCCGGCUCGCUGGACAGUCAUGCUGCUGGGCGGCACCCGGGCCGGCCCUCCGUUAGCCAGCGGCUCCUGCGGCGCACGGCCAGCGCUCCCACCAAGACCCCGAAGCCCAGCUGCCCAGGCUUCCCCGAGCUGGCCGGCUCGCAGCACCUGGGCUCCCAGGGGGAGGCUGACGACGUGCAGGCCCCUGGCCCCGAGGCCCCACCCCAGGAGGGCCCCGGCGGCAGCAGCCUCCGAGACGCCCGUCCCUUCAUGCAGAGGCCUGGUUCCUCCCUGUGUGGCCUGGAGACCACCGCCGAGGAGCCCGCUCCAGGGCCCCUGCCAUCAGCCGUCCCCACCAGCCCUGGCCCAGGGGACCCCCAGCACUCGGCAGGACCCAGUGUCCAGCUGGCGAGCCCCCCAGCGACCGCUCUGGGAGCCCCUGUGCCCUCCCCACACAGGACCUGUGGUCUGCAGGAGCUCAGGGCCACCCCCAACGGCCAGCAGUGGGCGUGUGGCAGUGGGGACCCUGGGUGUUUGUGUGAGGGGGCCACUGAUAGCCAGACGGACGGCAGGGGCCCCCUGCCCCUGGUCGGAAGCAUCAAGAGCGAGGGCCAGGUGCCCCCGGAGCCUCCGGCCGGGCCCUCCCCGACCCCCGCCGUGUACUCGGACGCCACAGGUGGCGACCGGCUCUGGCAGCGGCUUGAGCCAGGCAGUCACCGCGACAGCGUGUCCUCAUCCUCCAGCAUGUCCUCCAGCGACACCGUCAUUGACCUCUCCCUGUCCAGCCUGGGCCUGGGCCGCAGCCACGAGAGCCUCCUGGGGGCCCUGGCCGGCCGCCCGCCCCCACGGCCCCGCUCGGCUGCCCACCCGGCCCCGGCCCCGGCGGCCAGGAGCACGUCCAACCCCAACCUGCUGGCCGUGGGGCGGCGGCCCCUGGCGCCCGAUGAACUGCGGCCCUGGCCCCUGCGGCCGCCCCGGGGGCCCCUCUCCCUGGUGGGCCUCCUGGACUGCCCCGCGGCCGCCAAGUCCAAAAGCCUGGGGGACCUGACUGCCGACGACUUCGCCCCCCGCUUCGCGAGCAGGCCGCGCAGCCUCGGCCGCAGCCUGGGAGCCCCGGGGGGCCCGCGGUGGGACGCGCUGACGGGACAGCUGCGCUGGCUCCCGGGCUCCCGGCAGGCGGGCAGCACAUCGCCCACCAGCCUGGGCCCGGCCGGGGAGGCGGCGGCAGCUGGCUUCCUGCGGCGCCCGUCCUCCCGUAGCCAGAGCCGCGUGCGCGCCAUCGCCAGCCGUGCCCGUCAGGCCCAGGAACGGCAGCCGGGCGCCCCCGAGGAGGAACGGGGCACCACCGAGGACGCCUGCUCCGUGGGCCGUGCGGGCCGCGUGGAGGUGGCUGGCACCGGCGGCGGCCUCCUGCUCCAGCGCUGA